AUUUCUAAUUAAAGACCCCAUGUCAAACAAACUCCGUAUAUAUGGAUGCUUUUCAAAUGAGUUGCCAGAAAUUAAAAUGGAGUGUCCUGCUUGUGCUACUAAUUAAUUCAUGAAACCAAACAAUGAGAAAAGAAAAGGGCGGCCAGGCCAGGCGAGGGUACACUAUAAUGACUAAAGUACACUGGUUUGGAAACGGAAUGCUUUCCGACACGGAAAUCCACCCUUUACUCUCAUCCAUCACUAAAAACCAAACCAUUUACUCCGUAAUUUGUACGUACUCCCUGCAAAGAAAAAAAAAAGUGAUUUAAAAUGAGCUGCACAGGGAUGACCCUUCUCUCCAAGUCUGCCAUGUCCAGAGGCUUCAAGCCUUCCAUCUUUGUCGCCUAUCGUCAGGCCUUCGCCUCUCUCACUCUCGCUCCCUUCGCUCUCUACUUCGAAAGACAAAAUCCAACUCCUCUCUCUUUCAAAAUGCUAUGCAAGAUCUCUGUCGUUUCCUUGUGUGGGGUGAACUUGAGCCUGAACCUGUUUUAUGCGGGACUGAACUAUGUGUCUGCAACAUUUGUUACCGCUGUCACCAACACCAUCCCUGCCCUUGUUUUCCUCUUCGCCCUUUCUCUCAGGUUGGAAAGGGUAGCGAUAAGCAAAAGUGAGGGGAAAGCAAAAGUGGCGGGGUGCGCAUUGAGCCUGAUAGGGGCCAUGGUUUUAACUUUGUACAAAGGCCCUCUCUUAUAUCCAUUAACCACAUCCACUCCUACUACUACUACUAAAGGAGGAAUAAUGGGCGGCCAAAACCGGUCCAACAUCAUUUCAGCAGCACCUGCCCCGGGUGGAACCACAACCUCUAGUACUACUACUAGUAGUAAAGAAGAAGAUUGGAUAAGAGGGUCUCUUCUUAUCCUCGCUGCUAACGUCACUUGGUCCCUUUGGCUUAUCAUGCAGGGUCCGAUGAUGAAACAAUAUCCGGCAAAGCUAAGGCUGGUAACGCUUCAGUGCUGCAUUUGUUGUGUGAUGUCAACAGCUUGGGGUGCCUUUGUGGAGAGAGAGGACUUGUCCUCUUGGAAACUCGGCUGGGACCUCAACCUCCUCUCCGUCGCUUACUGUGGUAUAGGGGUGACAGGGGUAUCCUAUUGGCUACAAGCAUGGGUUGUGGAGAAGAAAGGCCCUGUUUUCGCAAGCAUGUUCAAUCCUUUGGCCCUUAUACUCACCGCCUUCUUCUCUGCUCUUUUCUUCAAGGAUACCCUCUACUCCGGCUGUGUGUUGGGAGCAGCUUUGCUGGUGAUUGGUCUGUACGGCUUUUUGUGGGGGAAGAAAAGGGAGGAGAAGGACCAAAACAACGAUAUUAUUAACAAGUCCAACGAUCCACCGCCCAAACAAGAAUUGGACGACAAUGUUCGGCCCGCUUCUAUUGGGCCGGUGCUGGAAAACGCCCAAACUAGAUGCUGCGCCAUUUGACCCAACCUCACUUUAUAUACACUGCUCCCUGUUUAAAUUUGUAUCCCAGUUUAUCGGAGCAAGUGAUUAUAAUAAUCUCAGAAUGGGCCGCCGGAGUGGGCUGAUUUACAAUAAGAUAAUGCAACUUUGGUUGACCAGUUCGAUCUCGAGAUAGACAAUAGUACUCUCUCUCCAAAAAGGAAUUAGAUUCUACACCAUUCAUAAAUCACAAUACCUCUUUUGUUUAUUUAUAAAUUUUGAUUGAUCAUUUUAUAAAAUUAAAUAUUCUUAAAAAAUCUUUUUUAAGGAGGGUAAAAUUUGAAGUCAAAGCCAAAAAUUAAAAAUGGGGAAAAGUUAAACUGAAAAGAACGUUUUAGGACGGAAGGAGCAUAUAAAAGCAACAGCACGGA